UGCCUCAACAUGUGUGGCGGAUAAAUUUGGAUACUCCAGAGGAAGCACAUCAAAAUCUCUCUUUUGGCGCAGCCGAUCGCUGGUGGGAGCAAACAGAUCUAACCAAGCUGAUACUUGCCUCAAACAAACUGGAGUGUCUUUCGGAGGAUGUCAAGCUUCUGCCUGCACUCACUGUUCUGGAUGUGCAUGAUAAUCAACUGACAUCGCUUCCUUCUGCUUUAGGACAAUUAGAAAAUCUUCAGAAACUUGAUGUCAGCCACAACAAACUGAAAAGUAUCCCAGAAGAGCUGAUGCAGUUGUCACAUUUGAAGAGCCUUCUUCUUCAUCACAAUGAACUGAGUCACUUGCCGGAUGGAUUUGGACAGCUUGUCAAUUUAGAAGAAUUAGAUCUGUCCAACAACCAUCUCACAGACAUUCCAGCAAGUUUUGCUUUGCUCAUUAACUUAGUGCGACUCAAUUUGGCUUGUAAUCAACUCAAGAACCUGCCUGCAGAUAUCAGUGCGAUGAAAAGCUUAAGACAACUGGAUUGUACUAAGAACUACCUGGAAACUGUACCUUCGAAAUUGGCAACUAUGGCAUCUUUAGAACAACUUUAUCUGAGAAAAAAUAAAUUACGUUCCUUACCAGAAUUUCCCUCAUGCAAAUUACUGAAGGAAUUACAUGCUGGUGAAAAUCAGAUUGAAAUAUUAAAUGCAGAGAAUCUGAAGCAUCUGAAUUCCCUCUCUGUAUUGGAACUUAGAGACAACAAGAUAAAAUCAGUUCCUGAUGAAAUUACUCUGCUUCAGAAGCUGGAGCGACUUGACCUCACCAACAAUGAUAUCAGUAGAUUGCCGUACACACUGGGGAACCUUCCUCAGUUGAAAUUCCUGGCAUUAGAGGGAAAUCCUUUGAGAACCAUUCGAAGAGACCUUCUGCAAAAAGGCACUCAGGAACUUCUGAAAUACCUAAGAAGCAAAAUCCAAGAUGAUGUAACUAGCCCAAAUGAAGAGCCUCCUGUGACAGCCAUGACUCUUCCAAGUCAGUCAAGGAUUAACAUGCACGCUAUAUCUUCACUAAAAUUACUGGAAUACAGUGAGAAACAGGCAGCUGUGAUUCCUGAUGAAAUGUUCGAUGCAGUCAGAAGCAAUCCCGUCGCCACUGUCAACUUCAGCAAAAAUCAGCUGAAUGAAAUUCCUCCAAGGAUUGUGGAGCUGAAAGACUCAGUUUGUGAUGUCAACCUUGGCUUCAAUAAAAUCUCAUCUAUUUCCUUGGAGCUUUGCAUGCUCCAUAAAUUAACACAUUUGGAUAUCAGGAAUAAUUCUUUGACAUCUUUACCUGAGGAAAUGGAGGCACUGACAAGACUGCAAAUAAUAAAUCUUUCUUUUAAUAGAUUUAAAGUAUUUCCCAGCGUCCUUUAUCACAUCCCAGCACUGGAGACUAUCCUGCUCAGCAACAAUCAGGUUGGGGCCAUUGACCCUCUGCAGCUAAAGAAGAUGGACAAGCUUGGAACACUGGACCUUCAGAACAACGACCUCCUCCAGGUGCCACCAGAGCUUGGAAACUGUGAAACUCUGAGGACGCUUCUGCUAGAAGGAAAUCCGUUCCGCACUCCCCGAGCAGCCAUUUUGGCAAAAGGAACAGCUGCGGUGCUGGAGUACCUGAGAAGCCGAAUUCCCACUUGAUACGAUAGUCUGCGUCCUUUGCAGACUCGGGAGUAAAGUACAAGCAAAGUAU